UUUUUUUUUAUUAUUGUUCACCUUCUUUCUUUAUUUCUUUCUUAUUAUUUCAUGGCAGCUGUUAAUAAAGAAACUCUACCUCCUAUAGGCCAUGCAGCUGCUGGGUCAGCGGGCGCUAUGUUUGCAUUAACUCUUGUAUAUCCACUUGACAUUAUCAAGACAAGAAUUCAGGUACAAACAAAAAAUAAAGAUCAAGAACAUUAUACAUCAGCUUGGGAUGGUAUUAUGCAGAUAGUUCAAAAAGAAGGUUUAUCAGGACUUUAUGCUGGACUUGGAUCAUCUUUGAUUGGUACAGCAUCCACUAACUUUACAUAUUUCUAUUGUUAUUCAAUGCUAAGAGAAAAUUACAAUAAAAGAUAUAACGCUCGUGGAGAUACAUGGUCGACAGCGAUGGAGCUUAUUUUAGGUGCUGCAGCAGGUGCCUUAACGACCCUUAUUACAACACCAGUAUCCGUUAUUACAACUCGACAACAGACAUUACCUUCCAGUGAACGACAAGGUGUCUUGGAAACGUGUCAAUCUAUUCUUGCUGAAGAAGGCGUUAAAGGUUUAUGGAGAGGUAUUCAACCCUCUCUCUUACUUUGUGUUAAUCCUGCUAUCACUUAUGGUAGCUUUGAAAAGAUUAAACAAGUCGUUGUUAAAGUUCUAAAGUUGCCUCUUACACCUAGUGUUAAUUUCUUGGUAGGUGCACUUGCAAAGACAUUAGCCACCAUUAUUACAUAUCCUUAUAUUAUGGCAAAAGUACGUCUUCAAUGGAAACCAUCAAAGGAAAUGAAGGAUAAGGUUGUAGCAUAUAAAGACUCAUUUGAUAUUCUUACUCGUGUUCUUAAAACUGAAGGUUUCUUUGGAUGGUAUAAGGGUAUGAGUACACAAAUAACUAAGGCUGUUUUAUCACAAGCCUUACUAUUUAUGAUGAAGGACAUUUUCACAAACUAUACUUUAAUGGCUUAUGCAUUGAUUAAAGCAACUCAAAGAAUAAAAUCUAAAUAAAAAUUAGAAUGAUCCUCUCUAGAUUACCAUUUACAUAAAUUUCCAAUUUCUAUACACACUCACGCACGCCACUUUUGAACUUGAGGUGUAACAAAUCAUAAUUAAAAAAAAA